CUAUGUCGUGUGGUGUCGUCAGCGGCUCUCGACCCAGUUGUUCCCACAGACCAGGAGGAGGAGGAGGGAAAGUUAAUGUCGGCAGUUAUUCUGAAAGUAACACAUUAAAGACCUUUUUGUGCAAUUUCAUUCCACACCAAUGAGUGAGCAGGAGCCUCUCGUCCAUGAGAUGCAUGCAUCCUCUUGCUAAGGAAGAAGAUAGUGCUGUCCAGUUCCUACAUAUUCGAGAGAAGGUAGACAUCUCUACAACCGAUAUCUCCAACACUCUGCAAUUUACAACUAAACAAUCUAGAUUGUGAAUAGCACUACAUACAGGUUGUUCUAGCAGCAGUGUGAGCCUUCUCCUGCACCAUGUCCCAGGACAAGAGUGGAUACCCUGUUAUGGGUGAGAACAACCCCCUACAUAACAGUGUCUAUGGACCCCCUCAGCCAGGGUUCGGCAUGCCACCUCCCAACUACAGCCAAGCCCCAGGUGGUCCAUACCCACCAGCAGCCGGUUACGGACAGCCGGGCUUCCCCCAGGCAGGCCCAGGUUCCGCCCCUGGUCCUUAUCCUCAGAUGCCUUACCCUCAGAUGCCCUACCCACAGGGACCCUACCCUCAGGGGCCUUACCAGCAAGGAAAUACACAACCAGGCUUUCCCGGUGACCCCAUGGCACCCGCCGGCAGCCCUGGUUACCAUGGUGAUGGGCCUCCAUCUUACUACGACAAUGAGGAAUUCACCAACUCUGGCUUUGAGGACAAGACCAUCCGACAAGCCUUCAUUAGAAAAGUCUUCACGGUUCUCACAGUGCAGCUGCUGGUCACUUCCUCCUUCGUGGCCAUCUUCACCUUUGUCGAUGAGGCCAAGUUUUUUGUGCGACGUAAUCCAUGGACAUACUAUGUGUCCUACGCAGUCUUCUUUGUGUCUCUGAUCGUCCUCAGUUGUUGUGGAGAAUUCCGCCGCAAGCACCCCUGGAACUUGGUUGCACUGUCCAUCCUGACACUGAGCCUCUCCUACAUGGUGGGCAUGAUCGCCAGCUUCUAUGACACUGAGACUGUCAUCAUGGCAGUGGGCAUCACUGCAGUGGUCUGCUUCACGGUCGUGCUCUUCUCACUACAGAGCAAGUAUGACUUCACUUCCUGUCGGGGGGUGCUGUUUGUGUGCCUGAUCGUGCUGUUGCUCUUCUCCAUCCUCUGCAUCUUCAUCCGCCACAGGAUCCUGCACAUCGUCUAUGCCUCAAUGGGGGCUCUGCUCUUCACCUGCUUUUUGGCUGUGGACACUCAGCUUCUCCUGGGCAACAAGAAGCUGGCUCUGAGUCCAGAGGAGUACAUUUUUGCUGCCCUCAACCUCUAUACUGACAUCAUCAACAUUUUCCUCUACAUCCUGGCUAUUGUGGGACGCUCCCGUGAAUGAGGCUGCACCUUAAAGAGAACAGGAGGGAGAUAGAGAAUGCCUCCUUUUAUUGUGAAAUGUUGCUAAUAUGCUCUUUAACUCCUUUUAACCUUUUCUUCACUUUGUUUUCCCAUGAUACUCUUCAUUUCCUCUCCUAUCUCUCUCUCACACACACACUUUUUUUUUUUAAAGCAUUUGUACUGUGGAACAGAUGCAGCCAGUCAUAAAAUCCAGCUGAGAGGGACCCUAUUUAUCUAAUACAAAUCUUCCCAUUAAUAGCAAAACAAUCUUUCUUUUUCUCAAUUUUGACCACUCUGCUUGCUGUAUCUCUCCUCUGCUUCUACUAACACAGAUGGCUACAUUAUGGCUACAUUACCUAUCCCCCAACUUCCGGUGUGGCUCAGCUCAUACAGUGUAAAACAUGUUAUUCUGUGGAUGCAUGGCACUCGGGCUUGCCAUGCUGCAGAUAUUAAACAUUAAAAGAGCGGGGAUGGUAUCCGUAGAGCCUGAUAUUGAUGCAAACCGGCUUUGCCUGAAAAGAAGUUAGUGCUAGAAAUACCCUCCUCUUUCGACCUGUCUGUUUUCCCAAACGUAUCUCUCCCUUUGAGCUCGCUGGUGUAAAGUAACUCUGCAUGUCACAACAAACAACUAAAGGUGUGUUAUGAUUCUUUAGAGCUACCAGAGGAAUACCUCUAGCUUGCUUCUUAAAGCUGUAAAUAGUUAAGUGUAUUAGUGUAUAUGACCCCACCCCCAGAAAGGCAUGCUGGAGUGAUUGAUUUGGAUGUGUUGCUUUUUGGGGGAAAAUAUGCUCAGAUAUCAGAACUUCACUUCACUUACCCAGUCCAGUAACUAAAAUAUUUGAAUGGCAAAAGAAUGAAGAUCAAUGUUGGAUGUAUAUGUCUAACAUGAACAUAAGUCAGUAUUUAUAAACUAAGAUAUAUUCUUAUGGAAUAUAUUUUCAAAAGGAAGAAAAAAUAUGUUUUGCAAAGCUAAGAUGUCUCCUCACCUUCCUUUGUUUCUUUACUGUCCUCACUAAUUUCCUCUCAUUUGGUCCUUAAUGUGAAGUUAAUGUGAAAUUAUGUGCUAUAUUUAUUCUUUUUUCAAAACAACUAAUGUGAACUAAAGUUGAAGCGUUGGAAUUUCUGAGCACUUCUAUACUAAGCCGAUCCAAGUUUCAGAUCUUCUGAAUUUUAACAUAAUCAACAUAAUGUGAAGUAGAUGGACGACGGACUUAUAACUUAUCUAUUUAUUGAGCUUGAUGUAGAUAACAAAGUUGCUUUGAGGUUGCUUUAAGCUGGUGUUGAGGAAAACAAAGUAAGACUUUUGUUUGGAAUUGUAUAAAAUACUUUUUACUUAAGGGGAUUGGGAAACCAUCACCUACUGGUUACGCUCACAAACUAAAGGAAUCAAUUUGCACUGGAAGACAAAAUACUCAUUGCACAUAAACUCACACCAUUUGAAUGAUAUAUUUAACAUGAACAUUUUUUUAUUCUGUAACUUCUGUUUUGAUUUUUCACCGCUUGCAUGACCCUCUCCUUUUACUUGCAUGUGCUGAUAAUGCACACUGUAGAGGAAUUCCUGUUUUGGAGGGACACAGUGUUGUUUGGCAGCCCUGUUAGACUCUUUUUUCUUUCUUUUUUAACUCUUGUGUUUGUAUCUAACUGAUGUGUACGUGUACAUAGAACUCCUUAGAGGUUUGAUGUGUAUAGAUAAAGUAAUUUUGGGGCUUUGUAGGUCUGUUUGCAUUGUAUAUUUGCAUUAAAUCAAAGUGGAACCGCAUUCCUCUACACUGCUGUUCGCUUUUCAUUAAAACUUAUAAAAUGUAAA